UCAGAGUUACUGGGAAUGACUUGGAAAGGUCUCUGGUCUUUGGCGUUGUGAUAGGUGGAAUUCUUUCAUAGGAAACACAGCCCCAGGGUUGUUUUGAUGCAAGCCGUUGGUCCAAAGCCACUCCCCACUUUGCUAUGUGGGGGAAGGACCGAGAACCGGAUGGCUUGGAUACUUUCAUUCUUAAUUAGGUCAUGCCCGUGUGAGCCAGGAAAGGUCUGUGUUUAUGCGAAGCUAGUAAUACUGUUGCCUACUAUCUCUUCUGUGGUGCCAUCUACAUUUUUGGGACUCGGGAAUUAUGAGAUAGAGGUGGAGGUGGAGCCGGAGGUCAGAGGUCCUGAAAUAGUCACCAUGGGGGAAAAUGAUCCGCCUGCCGCUGAAGCCCCCUUCUCAUUCCGAUCGCUUUUUGGCCUUGAUGAUUUGAAAAUAAGUCCUGUUGCACCAGAUGCAAAUGCCGUUGCUGCACAGAUUCUGUCACUGCUGCCAUUGAAGUUUUUUCCAAUCAUCGUCAUUGGGAUCAUUGCAUUGAUAUUAGCACUGGCCAUUGGUCUGGGCAUCCACUUCGACUGCUCUGGGAAGUACAGGUGUCGCUCAUCCUUUAAGUGUGUUGAGCUGACAGCUCGAUGUGACGGAGUCUCAGAUUGCAGAGACGGGGAGGACGAGUACCGCUGUGUCCGCGUGAGCGGUCGGAAUGCCGUGCUCCAGGUGUUCACAGCUGCUUCGUGGAAGACCAUGUGCUCCGAUGACUGGAAGGGUCACUACGCAAAUGUUGCCUGUGCCCAGCUGGGUUUCCCAAGCUAUGUAAGUUCAGAUAACCUCAGAGUGAGCUCGCUGGAGGGGCAGUUCCGCGAGGAGUUUGUGUCCAUCAAUCACCUCUUGCCAGACGACAAGGUGACUGCGUUACACCACUCGGUAUAUGUGAGGGAAGGAUGUGCCUCUGGCCACGUGGUUACCUUGCAGUGCACAGCCUGUGGUCAUAGAAGGGGCUACAGCUCACGCAUCGUGGGUGGAAACAUGUCCUCGCUCUCGCAGUGGCCCUGGCAGGCCAGCCUUCAGUUCCAGGGCUACCACCUGUGCGGGGGCUCUGUCAUCACGCCCAUGUGGAUCGUCACUGCUGCACACUGUGUUUACGACUUGUACCUGCCGAAGUCAUGGACCAUCCAGGUGGGUCUAGUUUCCCUGCUGGACAAUCCAGCCCCAUCCCACUUGGUGGAGAAGAUUGUCUACCACAGCAAGUACAAGCCAAAGAGGCUGGGGAAUGACAUCGCCCUCAUGAAGCUGACUGGGCCGCUCACGUUCAAUGAGAUGAUCCAGCCUGUGUGCCUGCCCAACUCUGAAGAGAACUUCCCUGAUGGAAAAGUGUGCUGGACGUCAGGAUGGGGGGCCACAGAGGAUGGAGGUGACGCCUCCCCUGUCCUGAACCACGCGGCCGUCCCUUUGAUUUCCAACAAGAUCUGCAACCACAGGGAUGUGUACGGUGGCAUCAUCUCCCCCUCCAUGCUCUGCGCGGGCUACCUGAAGGGCGGUGUGGACAGCUGCCAGGGGGACAGCGGGGGGCCCCUGGUGUGUCAAGAGAGGAGGCUGUGGAAGUUAGUGGGAGCGACCAGCUUUGGCAUCGGCUGCGCUGAGGCGAACAAGCCCGGGGUGUACACCCGCGUCACCUCCUUCCUGGACUGGAUCCAUGAGCAGAUGGAGAGAGACCUAAAAACCUGAAGAGGGAGGGGACAAACCUGCUUUCCUGCGGUGAUGGAGACAGCCCAACCCUCCCCUGGCCGCCCGUGUGGGAACCUGCACAUCAGCAAACACCUUCAGAGCUCUGCGUUCCGGCACCAGCAGCAGGCCCGAAAGAGGCGCCCUUCCAUCGGAUUCCAGCACAACCUUCCAGCUCCUUUUUUUGUUUUGAGAUGGAGUCUCGCUCUGUCGCCCAGGCUGGAGUGCAGAGGUGAAAUCUCUGCUCACUGCAGCCUCUGCCUCCCGGGUUCAAGUGAUUCUCCUGCCUCAGCUUUCCCAGUAGCUGGGACCACAGGCACCUGCCACCACGCCCAGUUAAUUUUUAUAUUUUUAGUAGAGACGGGGUUUCACCAUGUUGGCCAGGCUGCUCUCGAACUCCUGACCUCAAAUGAUGUGCCUGCUUUAGCCUCCCACAGUGCGGGGAUUACAGGCAUGGGCCACCACGCCCAGCCUCAUGCUCCUUUCUGAUCUUCACUAAGAACAAAAGAAGCAGCAACUCACAAGUGUGGUCUUUCCCACUGGUCCACUUGGUUUUCUCUCCAGGGGUCUUGCAAAAUUCCUGAUGAGAUAAGCAGUUAUGUGACCUCAUGUGCAAAGCCACCAACAGCCACUCAGUAAAGAUGUACCGGCCCAGAACUGCGUAAUUGCGGUCAUUGCACGUUUUUAUCCCUAGGGACCAGAACCAAACCCACCCUUUCUACUUCCAAGACUUGUUUUCACACGCGGGGAAGUUAAUCUAUGAAUGACUCGUUUAAGGCAUAUUUUCAUGAUUUCUUUGUAGCAUUUGGUGCUUGAUGUAUUCUUGCCCUUUGAUUCCAAAUAAUACGUUUUCUUCCCUCAUUG